AUGUUUGGAUCGCGAGCAUUUACAUCAACACAAACUGGUCAUAGAUGUACGUCAUCAGCGAAAUUCACCGCUACUAGACAAGCUGAAAAUGAUAUUGCAGAUCGAUAUCGACUGGCUGAAGUAGAAGAUGAAACACAUCCAAAACGAAGUUUAGCGUGUGCUUUGAUCUCGACAUUGUGUUGUCCACUUUUAGGUAUCCUUGCUAUUUAUUAUGCAACUCGUGCAGUUCAAGCACAUAAUCAAGGGUUUUAUGCUGAAGCAACGACAUUCUACAAAAAAUCAAUACGAUGGUCAUUAAUUACGUUCAUUAUCGGUCUCGUUCUUGGUUCCAUUGUCGCUUUUGGAUUCUUUGUCAAAGCUGUUCUCGCUGUUUGA